CCAUCUAUCUGUUUAUCCCUUUAACCCUGUCUAUUCAUCCAUCCAAAUUGAUAAUCAUCGGUUGGUUCAUGUUUUAUUAAUGAUUUUACGUGCUUUGACGUAUCAGAAAGGGGGCGUGGCUGCUCAAAAGUUGCCUGUCUGGAUUAGUUUUUGAACACGAUUAUCCGCAGCGAGGACGGAGAGAUGGCCGAUCUCACCGUCUCUCUAUCCAUCCUGGUGGGGAUUGUAGUUUUAAGCGAGUUCGCGAGAAGGACGGCUUUAUAUCUAUUCCCGAAUCGGGAAUGGAUAAUCUACAUGCUGGAGUUUAUUUCUACUUUUCAGCUGUGCGCGUGCACGCAUGAGCUGAAGCUGCUGGCGGAGCUAGGCGGACUGGACCCGCAGAUCGGACUGACCCUCACUUUCAUCAUCUCGGUGGUUCACGGGUUUUCAUUCCGCGGCGCGAUCUGCAACCCUACCGGCGCGCUGGAGCUGCUGUGCCGCGGGACUCUGCCGUGGGGAUGCGCGUUGGCCAGAGUCUCCAGCCAGCUGACCGCAGCGGUGGUGUCCCGGUGGGUGAUGCCCGUGGCCUGGGCUCUGGCUCUCUCUGAUCUGCACCACAGACACUCGCUGACGGGCUUCAGAUGCUCAAGCAGCCCCGUUAAUGCCCCGGUACUGCAGGCCGCCGCGGUGGAGCUGAGCUGCGCGUUCGUGAUGCACACCGCGGUCAAUAACACGGAGAAACUGGAGGAGAAAUACCGCGUGCCGGCGGUGGCGGCGCUCAUCACCACUCUAGUCUAUGCGGGUGGACGUCUCACCGGCGCAGUGUUCAACCCAGCACUGGCCUUCUCUAUACAGUUCCCCUGUCCUGGAAACACUUUCACAGAGUACAGCUUUGUGUACUGGAUGGGACCAGUACUAGGUAUGACAGCCUCUCUGCUGCUUUCUGAUAAACUGAUCCCGGCCAUUUCUGGAAAAAGCACAAUUCCACAGCACCUGAACUCUAAUGGACUCAAGAAGAAAAAGAUGAAGUGAAACAAGUCGCUAUUCCAAUCAAUCAGAGACUGAUUUCUCAUGCACAUGUAGUUACAAUGCUGUGAUUAUUGCACAGAUAAUCUCUGACACUGUAAUUCUUCAAGUAAUAAUGAAAGAGACUUAAGGCACCAUAAAGGUUUAGAUUUUAGAGGGAUUUUCCCAUGCUUUUAAAAUGUCUUAAAAUGAAAACAUGAAGCACAAUGAUUCUGAAAUUCAGGUUUACAGGAACGUUUCAUUCAAGCACACUGAUAUGAUAACCACAAACUGGAAUCAAACGCAAAUAAGUUGCACAACAUUUACUUGUUAAAGGGGCUAGAUGUAUGUGUUUUCAUAUUAAUAGCUUUUUAAUUACCGAUAUGCGAACAGCUUAUUAAAAAAACAUGUCUGAUUCUCUAUAAAAGCAUGUAGAUGUCAUUUCAUGCGAAAGACACAGAAGGAUGAUUAAGACUUUAAUGACUUCACUGAUUAUUGAUUAUUACAAUAACCAACAUCCCGAGCGGAAACAGAAAUAAUUUAGUACUGUAUCAAGCCUAAACGUAUUCAACUACAUGUUGCUCUCAGCAGUGUUGUUAUUCGUUGUCAGUAAUUCAUUCAAAAAAUAUUUACAAGUAUUUAAACGUAAUGUUUGUAAAUAUAUCAGAGCAUUGAAUCACGUUCAGACUCGUGUGCAUGAGCAAUAAAGGCUUAUUUAUACUUCGGCAUCAAGCGCACGCGUAUGGUCCAGUGCAGCCUUUGCGCGGUCGCAUAGCCCUCGCCGUGGCUGACGCUGACGCAAACCUCUCGAAACAUGUAACUACACGUCACAAUGACAUGUAGCACAAGCUCUGCGAUUGGUCAGCUAUGCAGCUGUGACGACUGUGGGCGGUGCUGAGAGCCGCGAGGCCAAUGGAGCGAGUGUUUACAAGUGUGUAGUCGCGUGAAGGAGCUCCAGAUGGAAAGUUUUGUUUUGUGUUCAACUUAUGAUUGAAGUUGUUGCACGUCCGCCAAUUCCCACCUCUGAAUGUGCGAGUUUUCUCUUAUUGAACAUUAAGGUAGCGCUCAGAAAAAACGAAACACCCGCAAGUGUUUCGGAAGUGUUAUUGCAGAGCAACACAAACAGCGUGCAGAAGUAUAAAUCAGCCUUAAUUUGUUGCCUGUAGUUCACCUAAUGUCCACCGGUGUCGCUAAAAUACGUUUGUGAAUUCUACAUACAGCCCCUUUAGAGGGAUAGUUCCCCAAAAAAGAAAGUUUUGUCAUCAUUUAUUAACCCCAUGUAUUUGUUUUAAAUAUUUAUUUAGUUUUUUUUUUCUUCUGUCACACACAAAAGGUAUUUUGAAGAAAGCUGGAAACUACUGACUUCCACAGUAUUUGUUUUUCCUACUAUGGAAGUCGAUGGUUACGGUUUUAAGCUUUUAUUGAAUAUAUUUUUUUUGCUCAGGAGAAUGAAGGAACUCAUAAAGGUUUGAAACCACUUGAGGGAGAGUAAAUAGUGAGUCAAUUUUUAUUAUUGGGUGAGCUAUCACUUUAACCCUAGUGUGCUGUUGGGGAUGUUUUGAUCCACUCUGUCCUGAUUUUGAGUCUUAAUUUGGCCAUAACUUUCUCUGUGUUUCAGCAAAUGGAAUGAUUUUUGGUGGCUAAUCUUAUUUUGACACAUAUUUUGAGAAAAUGCAUUACAAAAAUUACACAAAUUGACUACCCUUUCGUUAUGUUGGGGGCUGUUUUUGCCCUGUUGACUUCUAUUAUAAGAAGGCUUUUGAAUUGGAAGCCAUGACACCAUAUAAUCAUGCAUUGUUGAUUGUUGCCGGUUUUCCUGUUGGGAAGAGGUACAAAUGUUUUAUUUUUAUUGUUGAUCAGUUGCAGUGCAAAAAAAAAAGCUUAGUUUCUGUCUUCUAUACGGAGUAUAUCAUAUAUGUGUGUGUGUGUGUGUGUGUGUGAGAGAGAGAAAGACCUUUGCACACACCUUGAUAUGAGUCAUGAUCACCAGCUUAUCUAUUGGUUGCAGAUCGCUGAAGACCUACACAUCUGUCACUGAACUGGACUACAAAUACCAUCAUGCACCUCGCACACACACCAGUUCCUGAUUCCCACUGAUUACUCACACAAAGCUACAUAGACUACAUAUGCAUCUAACUCACACAAGCACUUUGCUGAGUCUUGUUAUCCUGUAGCAUUAAGAAGCGUUAAUCCUGUUUAGCCUUUCCAUGUUUUGAUCCUUGCCUUUUUUCCCUGUUAUUGAUUCUUUGCCGCCUGUACUGACCGUUGGCCUGUUUUGUGUAUGAUUUUGGAUUAGCUAAAUGCUUCAGAAACACCAGGAGUUGAGCUUCCACACACAGUUUAUUAAACAGAUUAAUCAGGCACGCAACUGUCAAAACAGGGGCAAAUUGAAGCAUUACGGUAAGCCAAGAUCGUUGUCAAAAACAGGCGAAUGGUCAAUACAGGCAGCAAAGAAUAAAUAACGGAAAAGGGAAGGAUCAAUACACGGAAAGACUAAACAGGAUCGCUGGUGAUCGUGACAAUAUGUCUGAGAAAAUCAAAAUAAGCAGCUCAGCUCUCAGAACACAGUAAGUGUAUUUCUGCAGGCACACUAUAAUCUGCUGAUUUACUCCAUAUAAAAGCCAGACGCUGUUUAUCACAGGCCUAUCUAAAGGGUCAAUGGUGCCAGCUGAUGAUCAACAGUAUAAAUGACACAUUUAACUCUUCUCAACAGGAAAAAACAACCAACAAUCAAUAAUGCAUGACUAUAUGAUGUCAUGGUUUUGCAAUCAAAAUAAUCAUUAUAAUGUCAUAAUAAUGAAAGUCAAUGGGGCAAAAAUAACCCCGAACAUAACGAAAGGGUAGUCAGUUUGAACAGAACACAAGGGUUAAACUGCAUGCUAACAAAUGGACAUUCCUGGAGUAAGUGUUCAAACACUGUUACUGUAUGAUACUAUAUAUUAUAUUACAUUCUGAUAGCGAUGCAUUUUACCUAGUAAUGGGUAAAUGAUUGUAUGGUAGUCUUAGUAAUCUUAAGUGCAAUAUUGCAGUGCCUUUGGAUGAUUCCUGGUUUAAAUAACCUGGGUGAAGCAGACCAGAUAGAGUGCCACGUCUACAAGCAAAUGCAGAGUGUGAAAUAUGAAACAACACAUUGUUGUAUUACAAGAAAUGAAGUUGUAGUGAAUAUAUUUAUAAUUAAACCUGUCAUGAAAA